AUGCAACAUUUUCUCACAGUAUUUAUAGGAAAUGAAUGGAGGGGGCAAUGCAAGUGUAAUCAAAACACAAUAUCAGAGUUACCUGCUUCAAUUGAUUUCAAAGAAAUGGGUUUCUUGAUGGUAGUCCUGUUGAGCUUGUCUUGUUUAUCAUUUGGCUCACAAAUCACAAGUGUUGCCACCUACGAUGUAACAUCUUAUGGAGCAAAAGGAGAUGGAAAUACUGAUGACUCCAGUGCUUUCCUUCGAGCAUGGGAUGAUUUAUGUGGAGAUGUGUCGCCAGAACCGACAUUGAUAAUUCCAUCAGACAAGACAUUUUUGAUAAGCCCGGUGGCAUUCAGUGGUCCAUGCAAAUCCCCAAAUGUAAAUAUAAAGCUGUUGGGUAACAUCACUGCACCGAAGACUCUGGACAGAUGGAAAGAUUGCAUUAAGAAUAACAUUUGGAUACAUUUCACAUCCGUGCAAGGACUCAAGAUCCAAGGACCUGGUCAAAUUGAUGGCCAGGGAUCCAUUUGGUGGAGAAAGGAGGGGCAACCUAAAACCAGUACAUGCAAUCGCCCAACUGCUUUACAUUUUAAUUCUUGUAACGGCCUUCAGUUGAGAGGUACAAAACAUAUCAACAGCCCGAUGCUACAUAUAAGUAUCAAUGGUUGUGAAGGCGUAGAUGUUGGAAAUAUUCAAAUAUUAGCUCCUGGAGACAGCCCCAAUACUGAUGGGAUAGACAUCGGUGAUUCUUCCCAUGUUAAUAUCCAUGAUUCUAACAUUCAAACUGGUGAUGAUUGUGUUGCUAUUAAUGGUGGCACGCAUGAUAUUAAUGUAACAGGAGUGUUCUGCGGACCUGGUCAUGGCAUCAGUAUCGUAAGCCUUGAGGAAAACGGUGGUUAUGAUACAGUUGAACAAGUUCGUGUGGAAAAUUGUAACAUCUCAGGAACAACAAAUGGGUUACGAAUUAAAACAGUGCCGUAUGGAACGGGGUAUGCUAGGCGGAUUGUAUUUCAGGACAUUCAUCUGGUAAAUGUUGAAAAUCCAAUUAUAAUUGAUCAACAUUACUGUAGUAAUCCGGAAGAUGCCUUUUGCCCAGCACUGCCAAAUGCGUCAGCUGCAAAAGUGAGCGAUGUUAUGUAUACGAAUAUCUAUGGGUCAUCAGCAACAAAGCAAGCUAUUACUUUCAAUUGCAGUGGAAAGUACAACUGUACUGAAAUUGUAACAAACGAAGUUGGAAUCUUGGGACAUGAUGAAAUUUCUUACUGCCAAAACACUCAAGGAAAAUUUAUUGAUACCACCCCACCUAUUAGUUGUUAUUAG